AUACUCAGGGUAGGUUGCGCCCGGUGAGUUUUAUAGCAACUGUUGCCCUGUGAGGCAGCGCCAUAGUCACCGUAGUCCUGGCGACUGUAACCCACCAACAACAACAACCUCUCGUUCCAUCAUUACCACCACACCAUCCUCAUCCUCAUCAACCAGUCCUCAGCCCAGGCGCCAUGCAGACCCCUGAGGCAGGCGCUGAAUCCGCCUCCACUGUCCACACCGCUGUGCCUGUGCAGCCUGCAGGCUCCGCCCAGCAGGUGUCCUCUCAGGCCCAGACUGUUCAACAGGUUCAGCAUGUAUACCCAGCACAACAGGUGCAGUACGUGGAGGAGAACAGUGGCGUCUAUACCAACGGGAACAUACGGACAUACUCGUACUCCGAGCCCCAGCUGUACAGCCAGAACAGUGGAGGGAGCUACUUUGACACGCAGGGCAGCUCAUCCCAGGUGUCUACGGUGGUGUCAUCCCAUGGCAUGGCCAACAACGGCGGGGGGAACGGGGGGCUGACCAUGGGUCUGGCUGGGGGGCAGAUCAUCAGCAGCUCUGGGGCCUACCUCAUCGGGGGCAACACCAUGGAUAACUCUGCCCCCCACCCAGCAGCCCAGACCACCCGAGCCUCCCCGGCCACUGUGAGUAUUGAAAUGGCGAUUGAGACGCUCCAAAAGACUGAAGGUUUAUCCAGUCAGAGAAGCUCACUACUCAACAGCCAUCUGCAGUGGCUACUGGAUAACUAUGAGACAGCGGAGGGGGUGAGUCUGCCUCGCUCCACCCUCUACAACCACUACCUGCGCCACUGCCAGGAGCAGAAGUUGGACCCGGUCAACGCUGCUUCCUUUGGUAAACUCAUCCGCUCCAUCUUCAUGGGGCUCCGCACGCGUCGCCUGGGCACACGAGGGAACUCGAAGUACCACUACUAUGGGAUCCGGUUGAAGCCGGACUCUCCUCUCAACAGACUGCAGGAGGACAUGCAGUACAUGGCCCUCAGACAGCAGCCUGUCCAACAGAAACAGAGGUUUAAGCCGAUGCAGAAGGUUGAUGGUGUAUCUGGGGAGAACUUCUCAGGCGGAGGCCAGCACACCCCCAGUGCAGCGGAGCAGACUGUCAUCGCACAGAGCCAGCACCACCAGCAGUACCUGGACACAUCGCGGGCCCUGCCAGACUUUGUGGAGCUGGACCUGGGAGAGACCAACGUGGACAAUGUCGGCCCAGACGACAUCAAAGCUCUCCAGUCACUCUACAGAGAGCACUGUGAGGCCAUUCUGGAUGUGGUGGUCAACCUCCAGUUCAGUCUAAUAGAGAAGCUGUGGCAGACUUUCUGGCGCUAUUCUCCUUCUGACUCAGUGGAGGGCGCCACCAUCACAGAAAACAGUGGUGUGAGUGAGAUUGAGGUGAAUCUGAUCCAGUAUAUGAGAGUAUGUGUAACUCUUGAACCUGGUCUCCACAGUGGUGUGAGUGAGAUUGAGGUGAAUCUGAUCCAGUAUAUGAGAGUAUGUGUAACUCUUGAACCUGGUCUCCACAGUGGUGUGAGUGAGGUGAAUCUGAUCCAGUAUAUGAGAGUAUGUGUAACUCUUGAACCUGGUCUCCACGGUGGUGUGAGUGAGAUUGAGGUGAAUCUGAUCCAGUAUAUGAGAGUAUGUGUAACUCUUGAACCUGGUCUCCACAGUGGUGUGAGUGAGAUUGAGGGCCGUCUGCCCUGCUGCAGACUGCUGGUGCUCUGUAGGAACGAGGCUGUGCUCAAGUGGAUGAGUUCCUGUGACCACCUGAUGUACCAGGCCCUAGUGGAGAUCCUCAUCCCUGAUGUCCUCAGACCCAUCCCCAGUGCCUUGACUCAAGCCAUCCGCAACUUUGCCAAAAGCCUGGAAGGCUGGCUCAACAAUGCCAUGAACACCAUUCCACAGAGAAUGAUCCAGACCAAGGUUGCCGCUGUUAGUGCCUUUGCUCAGACGCUGCGUCGCUACACUAGUCUGAACCACCUGGCCCAGGCAGCACGCGCCGUGCUGCAGAACACCUCCCAGAUCAAUCAGAUGCUCAGCGACCUCAACCGCGUCGACUUCGCCAACGUGCAGGAGCAGGCGUCGUGGGUGUGUCAGUGUGAGGAGGGUGUGGUUCAGAGGUUAGAGCAGGACUUCAAGGCCACCCUGCAGCAGCAGAGCUCUCUGGAGCAGUGGGCUGCCUGGCUGGACAACGUGGUCACCCAGGUCCUACAGCCCUUCGAGGACAGGCCCAGCUUCCCCAGGGCGGCACGACAGUUCCUGCUCAAGUGGUCCUUCUACAGCUCCAUGGUGAUUCGGGACCUGACCCUGCGCAGCGCGGCCAGUUUUGGCUCGUUCCACCUGAUCCGCCUGCUCUACGACGAGUACAUGUUCUACCUGGUGGAACACCGCGUCGCCCAGGCAACCGGCCAGACACCUAUCAGUGUCAUGGGAGAAUUUGAUGACCUCAACGCCAUGUCACCUGCUAACAUAGACAAAGACGAGGUGAGUGAGAUGGACAGUGACCUGGAGGAGGACAUGGAGGAGUCCGGGGAGCCGCUGGCCAAGCGGGAGAAGGCUGAGGUGGAACAUGAGCACCAGGUGAUCCAGGUGAUUCAGGUGGGGGCUCUGGAGGACGGCAGUAACCCCGUGGUGGGGGUGCUCCAGCCGGGCAUCCUGCACUCCCUGCCCCAGCCCCCCCAGAACCAUGCUGAGCACAUCCUCACCACCUCCGCCGCCACCACCACCAUCCGCCACUGCAGUGCCACCGGCAACACCUACGCCUCCGUCUGAGAGGGAGAUGACCCCCCCCCCCCCCUCCGCCGGGCAACCUCUCUUCUCUCUGUCUCUCGCUGUCACGCACGUCUGCACUGUCCCCUCUGUCGUACGCUGUGUUUUCUCUGCACUCGUCUAGACACACUCCUCCCCCCUCCACCCUGACCAGUAAGGGAGCGUGAAAAACAUCACGACCACAGCUGGCGUCACACAAGCGGUGGAUGGAUGAGUAGAGCUAGACGGGAAUGUGGAUGUGGCAGAGUCAUGUGGACGGGCUGUCUCUGUCUGUCAUGUGGCUGUCCUCUGGGUCAGGGAGGGGGAUUGGGAGGUGGGGGGGUUGUACAGGCGUGAGACACUGGCUUGACCCUACUGUAGCUGUGUAGAAGGGAAGGUGUCCUUACUUAGAGAUUCACGUAUUUCCUGAUGUUUAAAAGCUCAAAUCCAAGCCACCAGCCCCAGAAGAACAACGGCAUUGAUUGACAGAAAACACUUGGUUCUCUCUUAGAUUGGCUUGUUUAGUAUAUAUCUAAACAACCACACAGGUGCUAUUCUCUUACACUACCAGAUGUUCAGACAGAAUUCAGUUGAAUGACAUAAUAUUUUUUUAAAGUCAUGAAUCUUUCAAAGCAUUGUUGAGAUAUGACAUUUGAUGGAUUAUGAUUACUUAUUGCUUGUAAUGUGUUGUUUGGCAUCCUAUGUUUUAUUGAAUAGUGUAUAAUUGUAGCCAUGAUCCCCUGAUAAGCACUAAUGGCUUUUAGCCAUGAAGUUAGUUCUGCCCAUGAAGGAAGACAUUCUGUUAUUUAUGCUGUUACUAUGUAGAGACAGAGAGACGAGGUUAAACAGACAAGCUGUAGUACACUUCAACAACACUGGCUUUUCUACACAUUUCAUGCAUAGUGUGGGGUGUGCUUGACUUAUGGCCUUGGUUUGGUUGGGUUUAGAUGCUCGAUAGUGUGACAAAAUUACAUUAGUUGGACUUAUUAUCUACUGAUAUGUUCUCAGUACAGUAGGUGUGUUUUUUUGUAGGUUUCUUGAGUUCUGAAUGGACCAAAAACCAACCAACCAGAGGAAACUGGCAGAGCGAAAGAGAGCCAUCAUGGCCGCCACAGUUACCACGGCGAGGGUGCUGCGUGUUCUGUUUCCUGUCCCAACAGUGCCGUGUUGCAGAGCAGAGUGAAUGUCAGGGAUUCUAUGUACCUCGGCUUCAUCGUAGUGCCUUAAUAACCCUUACUGCAGCUGUCCAUGUAGUCCUGACUGAUUGUGUGGUUGAGGGAAAGGAUAGCACACACACACACACACACACACACACACACACACACAUACACACACAGAGACACACACAGCUCCUCUGCGUUACUGUCCCAGCAACAACUUUGUGUCUCUGGUGACUUGUGGCUGGAUUUGGGCUGGCUCAUCAGUGUUACUGCAGGGCUGGAGAGAUGCAGGUUCAGAGGUGCUUGUUGAGUUCUCUGUGCUGGUUCUAUGAAAUGUUUUGUUUGUUUGUACCUGCUCUCACUCUUUCCACACUCGAGGCCUGCUCCUGCUUUGGCCUCUGCUAUUGGGUGAAGUGUGUGUGCAUGUGCAGAUGGGAGGACUUGAUUGAGAUGUUGAUUGUGUGUGUAUGAAUGAGUCUGAACAUGUGUUUGAGCACACCCACUAGUCACCCUACCUCACACCAGUGUUGCCAGCCCGUUGACACGUACAGCACAGUCACCAAACUUGUUCUGACAUACUAACCGUAUUACUCCUUCAACGCUGCACACUAACAUUAUACAUGCCUGUUACACCACACACAACUAAAAUACACAGUCAUUUCAGCCCCUUCAGUUCUUAGUCCACAACGUCAUCACCCUUAUUAUCUCCCUUCUAAAGUGCAUAUUUGUAUAGUGGACCAAAAGUAGAUAUUUUCUGAUAUUUAAAGAUAUAUAUAUAUAUAUAUAUAAGGAU